CCACUAAUGCAGUAGUGAUUCUUUGUUAAACCUCCUUUCCUUUUGUUAAACAGCUCAAUGACACAGUCACACAAGAGUCGCACCUGGGAAAAACAAUGACAAAAGAGCAACACUUCCACACACAGUGACACAGCUGAUCAUUUCCUUGUUGAAGUAAGCUUCCCCCGGCUUGAGGAACCAUUUCGAAUAUUCAGAGGAAACUACUCCGGACUAUUUUCCGGCUAGAUCGAUCGGAAGUUCGUCGGAUUCUUUCAUAAUCUCUCUCUUAGGUAUCUCCAUCUCUCUAUCUCUCUCUUUCUUCCCGCGUCAUCGUUGCCAUUUCUGAAUAUUGACUGAAAAUUGUUAGUAGUAAUACUGUUUAUCUUCACUUGAAAGUUCUGUAAUGUGAUAUAGCUUUAAUCAAGAAAUUGAAGACUUAUGCCUUCAAUUAGGUUUCUUCAAUUUAUGCUGUUUUCCCGGUAUCCGAUUUUAAAUGUCAAUCCAAAGAUACAAUCAAAAUCCUUAUGCUCAUUAUCAUCCCCAACUCGAUUAUCACCACCUACUCAUCAACACAUUGCUCAUCUCAUUCUUGAACAAAAAUCCCAUUCCCAAGCUAUCCAAACCUUUAAAUGGGCUUCCAAACUUCCCAAUUUCACCCAUAACCAAUCUACUUAUCGAGCUUUGGUUCACAAGCUCUGUGCUUUUCGUCGCUUUGAUGGCGUACACCAACUGCUUGAUGAAAUUCCAAGCUCACUUGGUUCACCACCAGAUGAAGAUAUCUUUGUCACGAUUGUUCGAGGCCUAGGACGAGCUAAAAGGAUCCGAGAAGUUAUUAAAGUGCUUGAUUUGGUGCAUAGGUUUGGCGUGGUCCCUUCUUUGAAAGUAUACAAUGCAAUUCUUGAUGUAUUAGUUAAGGAAGAUAUUGAUAUUGCUAGGGGGUUCUUUAGGAAGAAGAUGAUGGAGUGUGGUGUUCAGGGUGAUCAUUAUACUUUUGGGACCUUGAUGAAAGGGCUAUGCUUAACUAAUCGUAUAGGAGAUGGGUUUAAGCUCUUGCAGCUCAUGAAGACUCGUGGAUUAACACCAAACACAGUGGUUUAUAACACAUUGCUUCAUUCCCUCUGUAAGAAUGGGAAGGUUGGUAGAGCUAGGAGUUUGUUGAAUGAGAUGAUUGAACCUAAUGAUGUCACCUUUAAUCUUUUGAUAUCAGCAUACUGUAAAGAACAAAAUCUUGUUCAAGCGCUGGUGCUUCUGGAGAAGAACCUUGCAUUAGGGCAUGUUCCUGAUGUUGUGACGACAACCAAGGUGAUUGAAUUACUAUGCAAUGUUGGCCGCGCAACUGAAGCUGCUGAGAUCGUGGAAAGGGUUGAAAGGAAUGGGGGUAUACUUGACGUUGUGGCUUAUAAUACUUUGAUUAAAGGAUUCUGUAGUUUAGGGAAGGUCAAAGUUGGGUUGCAUUUUAAGAAAGACAUGGAGAUUAAAGGGUUUCUCCCUAAUGUUGAGACAUACAACAUUUUAAUUGCUGGGUUCUGUGAGAUUAAUUUGUUUGCUGCAGCCCUUGAUUUGUUCAAUGAGAUGAAAAUGGCUGCAAUAAGUUAUAAUUUUCUCACAUUUGAUACCUUAAUUAGAGGGUUAUGUUCCAAAGGCCAUGUAGAAGGCGGAUUUAAGAUUUUGGAGCUCAUGGAGGACUUGAAAGGUGGUAGUGAGGGUCAUAUUAGUCCUUACAACAGUAUCAUAUAUGGAUUAUACCGUGAAAAUCGGUGGAAUGAAGCCCUUGACUUUAUAAACAAGAUGGUAAAAUUGUUUCCAAGGGCAGUUGAAAGGACCUUGAGGAUUCUAGGUUUAUGUGAACAGGGCAACAUAGGAGCUGCGAAUGAAGUCUAUCAACAGAUGCUUCAUGAAGGUGGAAUUCCAAAUGCUCUUGUUUACUCUAGCUUAAUAUGGGGAUUCUGCGAACAUAAGCAUGUACGUGAAGCAUUUCAGCUUAUGAAUGAAAUGGUUGGGCAUGGCUACUUUCCUGUUACAUCAACCUACAAUGUUGUUAUCAGUGGAUUUUGCUGUCAAGGAAAAACUGCGAGUGCUCUAAAGCUUAUGGAGGAGAUGGAUGAGAGAGGCUGCUUGCUAGACAAAGGAUCUUACAACCCUUUGAUACUUGCUUAUUGCAGUAAAAGCGAUCUGCAGAAAGCAUUAAAGAUUUUGCAUCAAAUGGUUGGUAAAGGUAUUAGACCUGAUUAUUCAACAUGGAAUACAUUGUUGUAUCACUGGCUAGACACCAAUAAUAUGUCUACUGUAAAUAAUAGAAUUCAAUGGAUUUUAGAGACUUGAGUUUCGGUUGAUGAUGUAACUUCUUUGAUUGCUUUGGAGUUUGGAUAUCAAAGCCUUUUCGAGAUAAAGGCCAUAUCGAAUGGACUCUUAAUGCUUAAGGAUGAAUGAAGUUAAACAGAUAGUCAAAGAUGAACAAUACCAAUGGUGUGAGCAAAUAAGCCUAUGAGCAAUCCAACAUGUUAUCAACUUCUUGAAAAUUAGAAAAGAUCCGGUGUAGUAUCCAUAAAUUGUGUUCAACCGUUUAGGUUAACCAGAGGAAUACCUUGAAGCAGCUGAAGGUCAAAUCAUGGAUUCAAGCGAAGCUCUAUCCUUUUUAGGCCUUCAUAGCUCUAAAAUGCAGCAAGCUGAGCUUAAUUUCUAAUGCUGGUAGCAACGUUGCAAGUUGAAGUGGAUGGCUUCUCCAAUUCAUUUUCGAUAGAGCCAUUGGACGAUAUUCGAAAAAAACAGCUUUUUAACAAUCUUUCAUGCUCAGUAUUAUUGAGGAGAAACAAUAACGUUGGAGGUAGAGAAUUCAAAGUGAAGCAGGACAAAGAAGGCACCACCAACUCGUCGAAAAUAAGUCAAAAGAGCUGCAGUUACGUUUUCAGCUUAUUGCAAGAAGCCACUGGUAAGCUUAUCCCCAGAAUCUUUGCAUUAGAAAAAUAAGUCCUAACAGGAGUCAGUUGGUGAAUGGAGUAUAAUUCUGUUUCCUUUUUUCUCCCGUGUGAUGAAAAAUGUACUUAGGUUUGGUAACUUAUUUAUAUAUAUAACUCAGUGCUUUCUUGCCACUGAUUUUACCA